AUGGCCAAGUACAGCCGCGGCAUGUCUGACGAUAGCUGCUCUUCGGAUGACGAGGAGGAGGAGGAGCCGCCGUUUGCCAUGAAGCAUACCAAUACAAUUAGCCUGUGCUGCCUCAUCGCCUAUUUCGCCGUUGGAGUCAUUUUUCUGACGUGGCAGCAGGGCUGGGAGGUGGUGACUUCCUUGUACGUCGUGGUGCAGAUCGUGACAACGAUCGGAUAUGGCGAUGUGACAAUUGAGCAUGGAGGCAAGACCUUCAUGACCAUCUACGUAUUGCUUGGGACUGUGCUAGUCGCAAGCCUUCUCGACCGGAUCAUCCAAGCCGCGUUAAGCAACGCAGAGAAAGGCCUGGACCAAUCUCUGGAGAGAGCAGAGCAUUUGCUGAAGCACAACGCCCAUCACGCGAGCCCGCGGCCUUCCUUGCCCCCUUUGGCCACUGCAAUGCUGAUCUACUGCUUCUUCGUGGCCGUCUGGGUGAUCUUCUUCGCGCUGUACGAUAGCUGCACUUGCUCCUUUGGGGCCACCAUGGUGGAGGGCUGCAACGCAGAGAACUGCUCGGAGACCGGCGGAACUGUGGUGGGAUGGACGGAUGCUCUUUACAUGGCAGUCAUCACGUUUUCUACGGUGGGUUUCGGUGACUACAGCCCGCAGAGCAAGCUGGGAAGAACGUUGGCUUCCCUUUGGAUGAUCUUGGGAGUCCUUUCGUUUGGAAAUCUAGUGGCAGCUGUGAGUUCCACUCUUCAUUCUUUCAGGGCAUCCUACCUCAAGAAAUGCCGGAUGACUCGCAAGGUCUUUGAUAGCGUUGAUGCUGACAAAAGUGGCUCGAUUGACCGCCACGAAUUCAUGCAGUACAUUCUUGUGCGUGAGGGCAAGGUGUCCAAAGAGACGCUUGAGAGCAUUGAGAAUCUGUUCGACCUCCUGGACUCGGACCACAAUCAGGCGCUCACAUUUGACGAGAUUCACAAUCAACUUGUAAAGGUGGAUUGCCAGUGA